AUGUGGCUUUUCUGGCGCACUAGGAACCGCUUCUCCGUUGAGGAGCUCCGGUAUCUGACAGAUGAGCUGCAAAAGGUUCAUGUCGUCAACGAAGCUAAUCAGGAUUUCGUGAUUGAAGCAUUGAGAUCAAUUGCGGAGCUUAUGAUAUACGGGGACCAGCAUGAUCCUUCAAUUUUUGAGUAUUUUAUGGAGAAACAGAUCAUGGGUGAAUUCGCUCGUAUCCUAAGGAUCUCUAAUCUGUCAAGAGUGUUACUCCAGUUGCUGCAGACAAUGGGCAUCAUGAUCCAAAAUCUGAGAGAUGAACAUUCAGUUCAUUACAUCCUUAGCAGUGAGCACAUCAACUUCUUCAUCACGUACCCGUUCGAUUUCCGGAUCGAUGAGAUGUUAUCCUACUACAUAUCCUUUCUGCGGGCGAUAAGUGGGAAGCUGAACAAGGAUACAAUUUCUUUGCUGGCGAAGACGGAAGACGAUGAGGUCACUUCCUUUCCUCUCUAUGUGGAGGCUUUGAAGUUUGCCUUUCACCAGGAUAGCAUGAUUCGAGUUGCUAUUCGAACCUUGACACUCAAUGUCUAUCACGUUGGAGAUGAAUCUGUUAACAGAUUCGUUUGCCGUGUGCCUCUGUCAGACUAUUUUUCUCACAUGGUCCAGCAUUUUCAGAAGCAGUGCAUUGACUUGGAUAAGUCGGCCGCACGCUCCUCGCGAGUUGCAGAUUCUUCUCUGCCGGUGUCUUGUGUUGAAGAUGCGAUUGUGCAGAUUGAGGACACGCUGUAUUAUUUCAGUGAUGUUAUGUCUUCUGGUAUUCCUUAUCUUGAAAGGUUCAUCACUGACAAUAUCUUGCAAGCUCUGGUGUUUCGGUUAUUGCUCCCGUCAUUGCAGAGGCAGAGCGCAGAUUUGGACCUAAGUGUCACUACAUCCAUGUAUCUGCUUUGCUGUAUACUGCACAUUUUGAAGAAUAAGGAUAUGGCAAGUACUGUCGCUGCUGCACUUUUCCAUCAACCUGAUUGCCCUGAUGAUAUGAAGCGAAGGACACCUCCUAAUGGGUAUACAUCUGAGCAUGAUGAUUGCAAGUCUGAGAAUCAUUGCACCACGGCCUCUGUUGUCGAGCAAUCAAAUGAGGAUGAGCCAAAUUCUCUGUCUUCUGUUAGUUGGAAAUGCUUGCCCAACCAUUCACCGCCAAGUGAUUGCUGCCAUGGCAACACACCAAGGGAACACUUGCUGUCCUAUAUCACAGAAGGAGAUGAUUCACAAGCUUUGGGUUCAUUGUGCUUAUUCGCUACAUUAUUGCAGACGAAAGAACUUGACGAAUCAAUGCUGGAUGCACUUGGCAUCCUCCCUCAAAGAAAGCAGCAUAAGAAGCUUCUGUUACAAGCUUUAGUAGGUGAAGACCUUGCUGAAGGACAAUUAUUUUCAUCAAGCAGUGGUCUAAAUGAUGACAGCAUUCACAGUGAUUUUGAUAUUUAUGUAAGGAAGCUUCAGGAUAAAUAUGGGCUACAGUGUCACCAUCCACAGGCACGGCAAAUGACUUCCAAAGCUCACAGAUAUCAGGUGCUCGAUGCUUUAGUCGACCUUUUCUGCAGAUCAAAGGUUUCUGCAGAUGUUCGCUUAGUUGGUGGCUGGCUUUUCCGGCAACUGCUGUCCCAUGGAGAGGAAGAAUUCACUGCUUUUCAUCUAAGACGACUAAAGGAUUCAUACAAGGAUUGUAGCUCAAAGCUUUCAGAGGAAUCUGGAGGAUGCUGGUGCGACAUGCUUCUUCCUAUCAUUAAAGAGGCUUGGAGGAACUGCAAGAAAGAAAUUGAUGUAUCUUCUGUUGCCAUUGCAGAGGGAGUCUAUGAGAUAGUUAAGCAUUGCAUUCUUGCUAGUUGUAGAAUUACGAAAGCUGAUGAAGACUGCCCAGAGGGAAGCCCAACAAAAUACUUAGAAUACCCUCCAUGCAUCUCCAAGGACAUAGAAACAUUUUGCUGGUGCAAGCAACCAAUGGGGAAAGAAGAGAUCGAUACUGGCAGAAUGGAGGAAUAUUCACACAGCUACACUGAACCGCUGAUGUUGACUGAUGACACAAAGGGAGGUUGUAGAAGGGAAACUUUCAGCAGCUAUAAGCUUCAACUGCUUACCGUGCUGAACAAUUGCUAUAAACUGCAACAGCUUAACAUGCUGAACACUUGA